AAAUAUGACAAACGAAACAGAUAAAAAUAAAGGGACCAAACGAAAAUUCAGAAAUAACAUAUGGGAAAACAACCAACGAUUCGCGAAACAGAGAACGACUUUGCGCGCGUUCGCACACCAGAGUUCCGUUCACUGCAAUAGAGCUUUCCCUCUUCUGAGAUAUUUCAGUCAAACGGCAAAGAAAGCAGAGGAAAGUAUCACGCAAAAGAAAAGAUUUUUCUUUCUUCUGUAAGAGGGUGGCAUAAGAAGAGACUAUAGGAAUCUAUGGGCCACCAUGAUUGGAACAACCUCAGCCGCCCGCCACUCCAUUUUCACCCAAUUGGGGAGAUUGAUUGUUCACAGAAGUAGCUGUUACAAGGGUGCACUUUAUGCAUGUUUAGGUAAUAAGAGAAUUUUUAGUAGAAAUGCUAGUAGCCAUGCUUCUAAUAACACUUCUAAAAGAUGUGGUAAUGGUGAUGGCUUGUUGAAAUUCACAUCCGAGGAAACGUACCCAGUCCUUCAAGCCCCCAGCCUCCAGCAUUGGUUUAAAAAUUGGCAGACACUUAGGAAACAAAAGCUGACAGCUAGUACUUUUGCUGCUGCCAUUGGAUUUUGGCGUAAGCGAAGGGCUCACCUAUGGUUAGAGAAGAUCGGUGCUAUAGAACCAUUUUCUGGAAAUCUUGCCACAUGUUGGAGCAAUAUCAAAGAGGAGGAAGCACUUGAAAGAUACAAGCUGAUAACCGGAAAUAACGUAUUGUUUCCCGAAUUUCAGGUCUACAGAUCAAAACCAGAGGACAGUUGGCUAGCCGCUUCACCAGAUGGUGUAAUUGACAAGCUGGUAUAUGAAUUGCCUUCGCGUGGUGUACUGGAGGUAAAGUGUCCGUAUUUCGAUGGAGACAUGAGUAACGCUUUUCCUUGGACCCGAAUUCCAAUUCAGUGUAUUCCUCAAUCUCAGGGUUUGAUGGAGAUUCUAGGAAGGGAUUGGAUGGAUUUUUAUGUUUGGACUAUUAAUGGUAGUAGUCUAUUCAGGUUAUAUCGUGACCCAGAGUAUUGGGAUGUUAUGAGAAUUGCACUUUCCGAUUUCUGGUGGAAGCAUGUCCAACCAGCAAGAGAGUUGUAUAGUAGUGGUGGUAUAACAGAUCCCCUUUUUCAGUUAAAGUCACUAGCACCAACCCGUAGACAUGAAUUAUGUCCCGAUAUAGUUUAUAGAAGUAAACACAUAGUUGAUAAUUCUAAAUUGUUGGUCCGGGAGAUACAUGGGAAAAUGCGAAAUUGAUUGUUACUGCUGUUAGAGGGGAGUCAUUAGUUUAUUAACAAUUUUUUUGUUGUAUAUUCCAUAAUAAUAUUUGAAUGGUUAGCUUGAAUACAUAUAGUUCAUAAGAUAUUGAUUUUGCUGAAUUGAAUUGUGGACUGGUGUUGGUUCAUGACAUGGUAUUACCACUUCAAUUCUGCUUAAUAUGGUUUGAAACCAUGGUCUUUUUCAAAGAUAUAAUAUAUUUACAAAAUGCUGAUUA